GUAAAAUAAGCUGGGGAGAGAGGCAGAGGGAGCGAGAGAGAAAUUAAAAAGCAUACGAACUGGAGCUGCUUGAGUGGGUCUGAUAGGCUCCCCAGCCGCGAGUAACUGGGUUACGUAGGCAAUUAGCCCCACACAACUUGGGCACCUGCAGAAAGAGCUGCUCCAGAGACAAGUGGGAGAGAAAGCAAGUUCUCAAAAGCCAAAAAAAAGUGGAUCUCUGCCUUCCUGUUGUACCAGCCUCGUGCUGCCUGGAAAAUUCCCAUCACAGUGGCAUCCAGGAUGGAUUGCUGUAAUGAAGGAGCUUGCACUAAGCUGGAUGAAGACAUCUUGGAUAUUCCCCUGGAUGACCCAGGUGCCAACGCAGCUGCGGCUAAGAUCCAAGCCAGUUUCCGUGGUCAUAUGACUAGGAAGAAGAUUAAAGGGGGUGAACGGGAGCGCAAGAGGAAGGACCCGGAGUGUACAAGCAGUGCCCGUGCAGGGGACUUACGCAACGGCGAUUAAGCAGAUGGUGGCUAUGAAGAAGUGGAUGAAACAGCAGCAUCCAGCCAGGUUUUUGAUUGGUCCUCUGAACAGCACCUUCCAGCUUCCAGAAGAGCAAUCAUCAGCCUAGCCAGUCUGACCACAGAAGAGACACAGCGCUCUGCAGCUUUCUCCCUGGACUGCCUUUGAUUCCAGAACCGUCAUUACCAUCCCGUCCACUCGAAACAUGAUGCUGAUGUUCCCUUCUAUCCCCUUCCCGCACAGACCUUGGAUUCCUCCUCUGCGCUAGGUCUCUGCCCUUACUCUGCACAUAUUAGCUCCUCAACUCCCAGAUCAUAUCUUGUACUGCACACAUCAUUACAUAAACAUAUAACGCACAGUCUUUUAUGUGCAGAACUGAUAAUCCGUCCUGUGUUUCUUGACUUUCCAUGCCCACUUUGAUCUUACUUCUUUGAUACCCCUGACCAGCCCUGUAGAGCAUCUGGGCAUUUCCUGCAGAGCCCCAUUUCCUUAGACAGUGUGGGGAGAGGUUACUUCUUGCAUUGCUUGUUCUUUGCUGCCUUUUUGGCAACUGGAGACAGAACAUAGCAUUGGGAAUAGUAAGAUAGAUGUACUGGUGCACGUAGGUUUUACCCACUGUAAUCUCUGCAAAGAAAGGCAUAAUAUUCUUAGCAAUGAUCACAGCAGACUCUGCACCUGGGGUAUGAACUAGCUCCAUAACUUGCAUACACGUCUGUAUGUGUUUUGUGAGUAGUUAAAGUUGAAUGGUGGAUCCCUUCUCCCUUUUGUCUCUCCUCUUGUCCUUUCAUUGGGCUAUGUAUUUUAAAGGCAUGUGUGUAUCUAUACACAGGAAUGUUUAUCCUGUUUGUUAACAAAAUCUUUAAAAACAGUGAGUAGCAAAUCUGUUCUGGGGAUUAGCAGGGAAGAGACCAUGUUGAUGUCGCAGGUACUAACCAAUAAGUACCCAUCACAACCUCCUCCCCGCCCCUCCCAGUAAUGUGUGGCAGGGAGCUCAUGAGAACUCAAACCAGCUGAUGCACCAUUUUCCUGGCAGUUUCCCCCCACACCACAAUUUCCUUGGCCUGAUGCAGUGAAAACUUGCAGAAACAUAUUUCCAGAGCUUGCUCAAAGUCAGAUACAAGAAUCUUCAGUGCCAUGCAGAUACGUUCAAACCAUUUCUACCAUACUUUUCUACCACACUUAACUGGAUCUGUCUCUCUUCGUUCAGAUUUACUGGCUUUUGGAAACCCUACAGCCUUGUAAAUUUUCUCAUUAAUUUUAACCAUCACUGCCUAUAACCAGAUGUAACAUUUUAAUUGCAAGAGAGAGGAUCUGAAAGCAUUUUCACUGUUCUGAAAGCUCAGACAUUAUUCUGCAUCUAUUCUAUAAGUUUCCAGUGUGCCAGAAGAAACAGAAUAGAUAACAUGGGUAGCUGUCCAUGCUAUCACUGACUUCACUGUCGGUAUUCAUCCCCAGAAUACUUAUGCAACUGUUUUUAACGGUUUUUUAGAUUUAUUUUCAUUAGGUAAAGGAUAAACACACACAUAUGUAUUUAAUUUGAUGAAAUGUAUAUAGCAAACAGCCAUCCUGAUGCACAGAGUGGGAAAGAGCAAGAGUGGGCAUUGAUUCUGCCCCAUUUGUUUGUCAGACAAAGAAGUGGGAUGAGUUGGUGUAUAGCACUACUUUGAUACCACCUUUAACCCUCUAAAAAAACUCACCUCUUUUUCCAACUGGAACAGAAAUAUAUAACCCUUUCCUUCAUUGCAACUUGGUGUUCCAUGAAGUCUUUUCAUGCAUGCUGCAUGCCAGUUUUUUCCUGUGUAUUCCACGGCUUCAGAAAAUCCCUUUAAAGAUUUUCUGCAGCCAACCUUCUUUUCUUAACCCAGUCUCCUCCUUUAACAUUCCCAUUCAUCAGUAAAUUCAAGGUUGAGAUAUUAAUUCUAUCAGUGUCCUCAGUUGUUUUCAUGGCGUGGUGAGCACUUUUUCUAUGAACUUAACAUUCGCUAAAGAACAGGGUCUUAAUGAUUCCCAAGUCUGUUAGGGGGGUGGUGGGAGCUCAUAAUUUCUAGGAUUCCACCUUAAACAUCGAAAGUCUUAAUUGACAUAAGAUCCAAUUUGCCUCUAAAUUUAUGGUGUAAAAUUGUUUGCCAUAGUUGUCCUACAACCCUUAGUUUUGGAACCAUGGUGAAAAGUCCUGUUUUCAUAUUCCCCAUUAACACUCCCUUCCCAAAUCAUGCAUUCUUCAUUCCAGUUGAAAUGCUGAUUGUAUGUUCUUUGAAGAUGACAGUCCUAAAUUUUUUUGGCCUUUCUGAGACACCAGCCACUGAAAAAGAAGAGGAUCCCUGAUACAACAACCACUGAAAAAGAAGAGGAUCCCUGACACACCAGCCACUGAAAAAGAAGAGGAUCCCUGACACAACAGCUAUUGAAAAGGAAGAGGAUCCCUGACACACCAACCAC